AUGGCUGAAAAACAACCUAAUAUAAACGAGUCACAAUCUAGCAAUUAUGAACAUUUCUGCAGGAGAAUCGGGAUCUGGCCUAUGAGCACUCAUCUUUCUAUCUCGAAUGGUAGCAUAGAUCGGCCGGCAAAGAACAAGGGCACAUACGAACAACUGGUCAACUCUCAAAGAAAAUGCAGGAUCGAAUAUUACACGACUGCAUCGCUUAUCAACUUCGCACUUUUCGCGCAGAUCAUCAUCGCUGCAGCAGUAACAGCCGUCAGCGCGUCUUCUGGCCCCCGAGUGGCUAUCACGGUACUUGGGACGCUCAACACUAUCCUCGCAGGGAGCUUGACGUGGGUCAAAGGUCAAGGCCUGCCGGACCGUCUUCUGAGCUACGCGAAUGAACUUCGUCGAGUUCGUGAACACAUCGAAGAGCUGGAGCGGCAGUACGAGGAGACACCCAACUUUCGGCUCGACGUGGACGAAGAAGCGGAGAAGAUCUAUACUAUGUAUGAUACUGCUAGGAAGAACGCAGAGCAGGCUUACAUGGGCACUUUCAAGAAUAUCAAGGAAGAUGGCUUGAAGGGCAACAGGGCAACAGCAAAAACCAGGCCACCAGUACCGGACGGGAACGGCCCCGGACUUCGGGCUAAUGCUGAAGACUAG